CUCCCAGCAGCUUUGUGCGUUGAUUGAUUGGUGGGGAAAACUGUAUACAGUUUUUCUUCUAGACUGAUCUCUUAUCCCUCCUCCCCCCCUUCUCUCAUUCCGCCCAUUCAGGAAAGCGCGUUGCUAUGUCCGUGUUCUGUGCAACCUGGGCUGGGAUCCACGUAUCGCAAACACACAGCAGUGCCUUUUUCUUCCUUCUCCCAUGAUGCUGCGUUCAUUUAACUCUGCACGGCGGAGCCAGCCCCUGCACUAGCGCGGCCAGCCGGGAGCUGUUGUUUUUUUUUUUGGGGGGGGCUUUUUGUGUUUUUAUUUGUUUUGUUUUCCUUUGUGUUUUAAAGGGCAACCGGAAAAAAAAAAAACAAAAAACACACGCGCGUCGUUUGGACUGGUCGCUCCAGCUCGUCGUAUCCCCCGGCUUGCUUUUUGUUUUGUUUUUGUUUUUUAAAAAAAGGGUGAUUUUUUUAUCAAGUGCAUAAUCGACACCAGAGGCAGAGGCAUAUUCGUCUCCCGAGCUGCCGGAGCGGAGGAUGAAUUCGAUACGACAGGUGCCUUCCAGGGUGAAAAGCAGAAGAAAUGAGAACAGUUUGGGGGCGGAGAAAGAGCAUUUUGACAAGCAGCAGUUGGCCAGCAUCAGCAAAGCCAUCAAUACCAGCGAGACCCCGGUGAAGGAGAAACAUGCACGCAGAAUCAUUCUUGGCACCCACCGUGAGAAAGGGGCAUUUACCUUCUGGUCCUACGCCCUGGGCCUGCCCCUGCCCAGCAGCUCCAUCCUGAGCUGGAAGUUCUGCCACGUCCUGCACAAAGUCCUGCGAGAUGGGCACCUGAACAGCCUGCAGGACUGCAUGAGACACCGGAGUACCAUCACUGAGACGGGAGCUUUGUGGGGGAACUUGCAUGAUCGAUAUGGACAACUUGUCGCACUUUAUUCCAAGCUUCUGUGUACGAAGAUGGAUUUCCAUACAAAGCAUUCAGAAAUUCAACCCAAUCUGGAGGCGUCGGACGAGUUGCUGGAAAGGACCGCGGGCACUGAUGUCAACAAUGUUUUCCAGCUGACUGUGGAGGUGUUUGACUACCUUGACUGUGAGCUGAAGCUGGCCGAGACAGUUUUCAGGCAGCUCAACACAUCCAUAGCAAUUUCCACAACUACAUCAGGCCAGUGCCGUUUGUCCCCCCUGAUCCAGGUCAUCCAGGACUGCAGCCACCUGUACCACUUCAGUGUCAAACUGCUCUUCAAGCUCCAUGCCUGUUUGCCUGCAGACACCCUUCAAGGCCACAGAGACCGCUUUCAUGACCAGUUCCACAGCCUGAAGAACUUCUUCAAUCGAGCCAGGGACAUGCUUUACUUCAAGAGACUCAUCCAGAUCCCCAAGCUGCCUGAUCACCCACCCAACUUCCUGCGGGCCUCCGCCCUGGCAGAGCACGUGAAGCCGGUGGUGGUCAUCCCGGAGGAGGACCCUGAGGAUGAAGACCCCGAGCCGCUGAUCGAGAUGGCCGAGCCGGUCCAGCCCGCCCAGCAGACGCCACUGGCGCAGGCUCAGCCUCGGCUGCUUGAUAUAUUUGAUCAAACAUUUGGCCCUCCUAAUGGUGGAUUUGAUGACAGGGACGUCCAGAUAGACAACCUCAAGCGAGAGAUCGAGCUGUUGAGAGCCGAACUGGAGAAGAUCAAAGCUGAGGCCCAGCGGUACAUUACCCAGCUGAAGUCCCAGAUCAACAGCCUGGAGGCAGAGCUGGAGGAGCAGCGGGUGCAGAAACAGCGCGCCCUGGUGGAGAACGAGCAGCUGCGCAUGGAGCUGGAGAGCCUGAGGAGGCAGAAGGCGGAGAGCGAGACUGUGCAAGUCAGCUACGUGGAGGCCGAGAAACGAGCGCAGGCUACAGAGCUGCGCUACACCAAACUGAAGGAGAAGCAUGCCGAGCUGGUGUCCAGCCACGCUGAGCUCCUCAGGAAGAGUGCGGACACAGUGAAGAUGCUGUCGGCCACACAGCAGACCCAGGAGGAGGUGGCCAGGACCAAGCAGCAGCUGACCUUUGAGAUGGAGCGCAUCAAGCAGGAGGCUGAGAUGAAGCUGGAGGAGCAGAAGUUCGACAUGGAGAAGCUGAAGCGAGAACUGGGGGAGAGGAAGACGGAGCUGCUGCGCGUUCAGAACACCCUGCUGAGUAACGAGAAGGCGGGGGAGAAGCUGAGCGGCACGCUGGAGGGGCUGCAGGCGGAGAAGGAGGUGCUGGCGCGGAGAGUGAGCGAGCGCGAGGCCGAGCUGGCCACCCUGAGGACCUCCCUGCAGACGCAGGAGGCCAGUCUCCAGCAGCAGCGCGAGAAGACCUCCAGGGAGAUGGGCGAGCUGCAGGGCAAACUGCGGGAGAAGCUGAGCAGAGAGGAGCAGCUGAAGCAGCAGAUGCUGGAGGAGCAGUUCAGUCUGCUGCAGGGUGCAGUGGCUGAGGCUGAAAACAUCAUCCAGGAUGCUGUGGCCAAGCUGGACGACCCCCUGCACGUCCGCUGCACCAGUUCCCCAGAUUACCUCAUCAGCCGGGCAGAGGCUACGCUGGGCGCCAUUGACAAUAUGAAGCAGGGCCACGCGGACUACUUGAAGAAUAUGGCAGACGGGGGCAGCCUGCUCCGUGCCCUCGCCCAGUUCUCCCACCUGACGGCCGACACCAUAGUGAACGCCAGCGCCACCUCUCACAUGGCCCCCACGGACCACGCGGACAGACUGACCGAUAGCUGCCGUGGCUGUGGCACUCAGAGCCUGCAGUACCUCGGGGAGCUCAAGUCGAAGCAGUCCCUGCUGCGGGCCGACCCCUCGGCCAUCAGGGCCAUCAUCCAGCAGAUCCUGCGCCUGGGUCAGGAGCUGAGGCCGAAGGGCAUGGACAUCAAGCAGGAGGAGCUGGGAGACCUGGUGGACAAGGAGAUGGCAGCCACUUCCACUGCAAUCGAGGAGGCCGUGAGGAGGAUUGAUGAAAUGAUGAACCAGGCAAGGAAAGACACCACUGGGGUCAAGCUAGAGGUCAAUGAGCGAAUCCUCAACUCUUGUACAGAUCUGAUGAAGGCCAUUCAUAUGCUGGUCAUCGCUUCCACAGAUCUGCAGAAAGAGAUAGUGGAAAGUGGCAGGGGGGCAGCAUCAGUAAGGGAAUUCUACGCAAAAAAUUCCCGCUGGACUGAAGGCCUGAUUUCAGCUUCCAAAGCAGUGGGCUGGGGAGCCACUCAGAUGGUGGAGUCUGCUGACAAGGUGGUGCUGCACACGGGGAAGUACGAGGAGCUGAUCGUGUGCUCGCACGAGAUCGCCGCCAGCACGGCCCAGCUGGUGGCCGCCUCCAAGGUGAAGGCCGACCGCAGCAGCAGGAGGCUGUCCACCCUGCAGCAGGCCUCCCGCUAUGUCAACGAGACGGCAGCCAACCUCGUCGCCUCCACCAAGACCGGGCAGGAGCAGAUAGAAGACAAAGACACCAUGGACUUCUCAGGCAUGUCCCUGAUUAAGCUCAAGAAAGAGGAGAUGGAGUCCCAGGUGAAGGUCCUGGAGCUGGAGGCGCAGCUGGAGGGCGAAAGACUGAGGCUGGGAGAGCUGCGGAAGAAGCACUACGAGCUGGCCGGGGCUCCUUCAGAGGAGAUGAGCGACGGGAACGGCUUCCUGAAACAAGCGCCUGUGUCUCCUGCAGCGGUGAAGCCCGCCGUCAUGAGGAAACCUCCCCUGGCUCAGAAACCUUCCAUGAGGCCCAAGGCAAACCCAUUCAGAUAAAAAAUGGAAGCUGGAGAGGAUUUUUGGACAAGAUGAGCUACCGACACACAAAGCGAGAAGAAGAACGAAGAACCAGUCUCGUCCUCCCUGGGUCAAGAUCCGCAGGUGACAGAACGAGCUGGAGUCUCUCCUGCGCCCAGAGAGGGGCUACGGCAACAGCUUUGAACUAUUUUAUUUUUCUUGCCAAAUCUUAACGGUUCACUCUGCUUGUCUCUCAUUCCUCUUCUCUGCUGCCUACCUUUUUAAUAGGGAAAAGAAACGUUCUUUUUGAAAUUUUAAAUUGGCGUUUGCACUCACCUGUGUAUAGUGUACACCGUCAGUGUGUAGCACAUCCAGUUCUGCUGUAGACUGUUUUCUUUAGUCAGCGUUGUUGGUUUCAGAAACAAAAAGGGGACUGUUACAGAGUUAUUUAGAAAUGGAAAUCUAUGUUUAUUUCUGGUGUUGCUUGGACAUAAAACAAUGCGUUUUCAGCAAUCUUGCUGCAAGACACUUCAGAUUCUAAGGAAUUUAAGGGAUUAUAGGGGUGAAAGGGAAUGUAGGUCUACCAUUUAAAUAUAUUUUUUUUUGUUUUUGUUUUUUUUUCAAAGUUUUAGCAAAGGGCAUUGUUUUUUCAUUAAUGGAAAAGCAGCAAAAAGAAGUAUCUUUUGAAUUGAGGGCAAAUACUAGAAAAUGAUUCUGUUGAUCAGUCACAACCUUUUUGAAUUGGAGUGAACUGUUUGGUGUCAGCACCAAGGAGGUGUUUAUGCUGUUCACACCCAACUCAGGGGUUUAAGAACAAGCACAGAAGAAGAGAAUUUGCAAAGCACAUCAGUUUGCAGGCAGAGAAACCACAUUAACAAAUGUGGGAGAUUUACCAGUGCUGUUACUCAUCUAUAUGCACACCACUGUGUAAUGUUUUAAUGGGCUUUGAAAAAAAUAAAUUACAGAAGAUAGCAAAACUUAAAUUAAGCAAAGAUGGGUUAUCUUCUGCUUAUUUUAGCUUCCAGGGAGACAUUUGUUACCUGUAUUCCACAGCACAACCUAGAAUUUCUAAAUACAGUACUUGGCACAGGGAGCCUAAAGGGUGUGUCUAUUUCUCAGCCUCUCGAAAAAUGUCUUGGCCUUUGAACCAUGGACCCAGUGAUAACCCAUCUGGCUGCUUUGUAAUUACUCUCCAAUACAGAUCAGUAAGUAACAUGCUGGCCGUAUAGCUCAUGAAAAGUUACGGAUUGGUUUGUGAGUCUGUCAGAGAUUUCUUGCCCGAGUACAAGAGGUUAAGUUGAUUACAUCGAUGUCAUCUGGACAUCCAGGUAUCCCUCUUUUUUAAAUCAGAGUAUUUACAUAGAAACCUUAUGGUGUGGAUUGUUUUUAAAUUGAGAAUAAUGAAUACCCGAAUGUACUGUGUUUUACUAGAAGCACAAUCACAUUGCUGUGUGCCAGGAAGCCACAAAUAGGUUAUACAUCUUACCAAUAUUUUUCUCACUGAGAAGGCUUCGGAUAAAUAUUAUUGCUGCUCAAUGUUACUGUAUAUUUGUAUGUUAUUUCUCCUUUAACAAUUUAAUUGACAAGUUGGGAAAAGAGAGUCAUGCUGUUUUUACUCGUUGGGCGUUUUAGAGGUUGUGAAGGCCGUUGCUGGGUUGUGUUCCAUUUCUGCACUAGCUGCUGCUUUUGAUAAGCCGUGGACAAUUUUAAUGCAUUUUCUUCUUAGUGACUCAUUUUAGAAAGUUUGCCUUAUUUCUGCACUUCCCGUUUUAUUUAGGGGCUGUUGAAAAUGUCCUGCACUCUGCAAAACUUCCAUCUGGUGGUUUGCAUAGUCACCUAGGUUUGUGACCACUGCAGUAGACUAAGACACCAGGAACUUACAGCAGAUCUUGCAACAGCUUAAACAAAUGCAGUAUGUGCUAUCUAACAGUGAAUGGUGCCGCAUGCAACAUUAAGUACAGACGUUACAAACCUACUCAGAGAUGAAUGUGCGACCACAGUUGGACAGCAGUUCCUAAACCUGCAGAGAUGGGUCAUCGCUGAAAUGAAGUGCCUUUUCUUUAGCACAAUCAUUAACAUGCUUUUGGCAAGGGCGAAACUGCUUCUUCCCUUGGGAAUGGAUCAACAAGCUCCCUUAAUUCACAAACCAGAAACAGUAUUGUGGUGUCUGGCUUUUCCACAUCUGUAGUGGAUUCUCAUUCCAGAAGCAAUUGUAGUUCUUCAGCUCAGGACAGAAGGCUGCACAAAAAUGGAUCCUUAUGACUUGUGUGUGAGGCUAGAUCAUCUUGCAAAAGCUGCAUCAAGUAAAAUCAUAUCUCUGAGCAAAGCGAUCUGAGUUCAAUGAAGUGUAUUGGCACUGUUGUCCCAAAUAUUCAGAGGAGUGGCCAUGAGUGGCAGAAGAUCUUAAAGAGAGGAUUUUUCCAGCCUACAACAGCUAGGUUACCAUUUCGAUAUUGGUUGGGAAAUCCACAUACCUGUUCAGCACUAUUCUGAAGUGACCAGUCUUGUCUAAUCAAAGUUUCUAGUUAUUUGCAAUUCCAGUUUGAGCCAGCUUUACAGUCCAUGCUUUUACACACCUCUGUAUGCCUGGAUAUUUUAUUUCCAUUGUAUGAAAAUAAUCAAAAGUUCACUUUUGCACAUUCUGUAAUAAACACUAUAUUCAGUUUUUAUUUCUUGUAGUAGUGGUACAUCCCCUCGUAUUGUCUUUGUCUUCCAUCUGAUUUAUUGUAUUAGUUCUCCAUUGUUCUCCCACGUUGCUCCACUGUUCUCUCAGGAGCUCUUGUGAGAGUCUCAGUUCCCCUCAAUGGCUAUACUGUACUUGUUAGUGUUGGGAACAUUAGGAGUUACAUUUAUCCGAACCAUGGAAAUUUCUUUGAAUUAUUGUCGUUUUUACACAUAGUCUUUUCCACUGGAACGAAAUGAAGGUUCACAAGCUAACACUCUCCUUUUUUAUAAUGAGAACUCAGAGUAUGCUGCUGUUUAUGGCGAUGAAGAACAAGGAGAUAAAUGUGAAACGUGGAUUCUGGAAUGAUUUUGUAAAUAUUUUCUAAGGGUGUUAUGAAGGAUUUUCGGCACCUGCCUAGGGUGCUUUCUAAAUGCGGCGAAUGAUAUAUAUUUACCUAAAGGGGUCUUAUAAAGUAUGUUUUCUCUCUCUUUCUUAAAGGAUGUCUUUAUACUCUCAGAUCCAUUAAUAUAUUUUAGUAAAGAUUACUGUGGUUAUCUGUAAUGACUGUAAAUGUCAAAUGAGCAAUAAAAGUUUAUGAAACCUUGA